AAAAACACUUCUCUUAUUUACCGCCCCCAUCCGAGAAAAGAGGGAGGAAAAAUCCCUGCCUCUCUAAACCCUAGCUUGCUCGAACCCCCGGCGAGGCCAGGAAGAGGUCGGGAUCCGCGGAGAUGCCUUCAGGUUCGUCGGCGGUGGGGAGGCUGCAGGCGGCGGCGCAGGACGCCGCCAACUCCUCCUCCUCCUCGCGCUCCGCCUUCUCCGACCAGCUCCUCGUGCCCAGGGAGGCAGGCCGGAUGGUGUCUCUGUCGGCUUGCGCGAAGUUUGGCGCCCUCAGCUUUGUUGUUGGCGUCGUGGUUGGCUUCACCCUGAACAAAAGGCUGCGCCGGUGGGCUGCCAAGCUGCUCAAGAGAAUUAAGGACGAUAACUAGCAAAGCUAGUGCAAGUAAUCUUGAAAUUUUGUUGUCAAGUGUGCUCUAGUUACCUCUGUAGUAACCCCAAGUUGAACCUCCUUGACUGCUUGGAUUAACUGUGAUGGAUACAACAUAGUCGUUCUUAAGAUGUAUCACAAAUCUCUUAUGGGGGAUCUUUAUUACUGGCAAUUGUGGCAUGUGCAGACCCUGCUCUUGCUGACCGUAUAUGUAUUUCAUGGCUGGUUGCUGAAAAUGAUGGGCUGAUGUUGUUUGGUUAAAUAUCCUGACACAUGAAUUAAUAAUGGAAGCAGAGGAGAUGGGGCCUCUGCUGUUGCUUGUCUUUGCAGUACAUAUAUGCUGCUACAGUGCUACUGGAUCAGGUAAGGCAUCAGGUUCAAUCGUCAAGAAAUAAAAAAUGAGCCACCUUGAGUGCUUUUGCUUUUGCCUUUUGCUGCAAUGGUGGGAAGGAAGGAAUAAUUACUGGGUUCUAUGUCCAAGUAAACAAAUUUAAGAUAAGCAUCAUUAGCCUUCUUUACCACUUUUCUCUUCCAGCCAUCAUCAAAGCCUGCCUUUAUGCGACUAAUUCUUGCUUCAGAUCGAAGGAAUUCCUCGCUGAGGUCGCCUCCUCCUGUGUGCUUGCUCUGAGGUCGCCUCCUCCCGCAUAGGAAAUGUUGUCUUGAUCCGCUCAAGUUCGCCGUUCCUUCCCUGUUGGUCCAGUGGUCGUUGUCUUGAUCCGCUCAAGUUCGCCGUUCCUUCCCCGUUGGUCCAGUGGUCACCAUUGAUUGAAGAGAUCCUGUGGACUUACCGGCCCGUGUUGAGGUGUAGCAGCAGCAUGGUUUUCUAGUGGUGAUUGACCGAUAAUCUUCUAAUGAGAUCGACUGUUAUGCUGGACAAAAACGUGGCAGCCAAGGACUGAUGCCACAGUUUACUCCGGUGGGUCAAAGCAUCAGAAAUACUAAGCUAUGAGGAAGGCUGUCAAUGCUGAAGAUGUUCAAGUCCUUGAUGUGUAGCGAGCUGGUGAAGGAAGUGUUCUGUUUUUCUUUGGACAGGUUCCUACAACUUAUCUAUUUGUUACUUCCAGAACUUGUUGCGAGUUCUUCGCUGUACUGACAAUGUGUGGCAUGAUCUCGUUCUUGGGAUGUAAACCACGAAUUUCGUUAUAUUUAUUUCUGUAUUUGGGGCUGCAGGCCUUUAAUUUGCUGUACCGUACCUGAGUGACACGGGUUCGUUCUUUCAAUGUAACUGAUGAAUUUCGUUUUUUGGCAUGAUUUUAUUCUUUGAAUGGAAGUGCUGAAUUUCGUUUA